AUGGAAGGUAUCAACACAGAGGCCAUGUCAAAACAGGCACAGCAGAUCUGGGCCAUGCUGGAUGACAUGUCAGAAAAUAGUCCGGCUGCCUACAAAAAUUUCAUUGAGCGACAGCUGAGAGAAGCCAAGGAACAUGUCGUGCCACCUGAGCCCCAUAUGUGUGUGCAUGUUACACUUCUGGGCAAGUCAAGGCAACCAUUGUUUGUUAAUUUUUUCUCCUGGAUACGAAUAUCAGAGCCCAAAUCCUCAGAAGAUCCUGUUCCUGUAACUGGGACACCAAUAACUCCAGAUAAAGAUGACAAAGGUAAAUUUUCAGUGACCUGUGUUGCCUUCAACCCUAGAGUGUUAGAAAAGUUUGGACGAAAUGCCACAAACACUGUCGACUGUGACACUCUGAUACAACUAGCCCUCGACUAUGUGGAGCAGGAGCAGAAGGUGAAGGUUACAAGAACCUACACCAUACUCCCCAUAGACACACCACAUAAAGGAGACAUACAUUACCUGAGACAAAGCUUUUCAAAAUUGUUUAAAAAAGAGGAACACAGAUUUGAUAAGCAUGUUAAUGAACUCGAGAGUACAUUUGGGCCUUUGACCUCCCAAGAAAAAGGCAGUCUUUUGUCUCAGCUAUCAAGAAUAGCUGUAGACAGUUCUGAAAGUUCUUCAGAUGCAGACACCCACACCUCCAGAGAAGAAAUCCCAGAAAUAAAACUGACUACAAGCUCUGGUUCUGCAAAUAAGAAGGGCCUCAUUGAAGUCCUUGAUGAUGGCAACGUGAAAACUCCCAAGUAUUCACUGGAAACUUGUAACUCAGGGCCAAGGAGAGACUUGGUGCUGAAAGUGGACCUGCAAGGAGUUGAGUCUGUGUCUGAAUGUCAACUUGAUAUUUCAGAGGAUGACGUGUGUCUGCAGGUUCCUGGCCAGUAUGAUCUGAAAGUGAAGCUACCAAGUCCCAUUGAUGUUGAUGUGGCACAUGCCAGAUUUAACAAAAAGUUAUCAACCCUGACAGUGACAUUGUCUCCCAAAGUGUAA